AGUCAGGAUGGCUUCACCUAAUGUGGCCUGGUUCAGUUUUAUGCUGCUGGUUCUGUGCUGCAGACUGAAUGAACUGGGAUUCAGACAGUCUGUGUCUGUUGUGGAGGAAGUGACUGGGACUGAAGCAAUAAUUUUGAAUGUUGGAGGACGGAGACCAGUAUCCAUGACAACCUGCUGUCCAACGUCCCUCCCCUCUGAUGGACUGCAGUGUCAGUAUGAAGAUGGUGUUGCUUGGAAACGUGACAUCUGUAACUCCACUAAAACAUCCAGUAAUUCUAGCAGUCAGAUCUGCACACACAGAUAUGAACUCCAUUAUGAUGGCAGGUUUUGUCAACCAGUCACAAUGAUGACAGACAUGCCACCAACCACAACCACAGAACAAAAUCACAAACCCCUGUUUCAAUUCCUAAUGCCUGAAAUCAAUGUACGAAUGGCAGCCUUGGCAAAUGCAACAAAGGCUGAUUUAACAAAACCAACAAUGGCCAGACUGUCAAACUUCACGCCAGGAAGACAAACAGCAAAGAUAAACUCUGAAGAAUUGACAGAAGGAUUUAUGACAUCAGAAGAUCUAACAUCACCUUCAAAGACAACUAUUGCAGUCAAACGAGACAACUUCACCAUCAACAUGCCGUUUCAGGAGUCAUUCAAAGACCAAACCAGCAGAGUUUACAGAGACAUCCAUGAUGCGAUUGAAAAGCAGUGUCAGUACUAUGUGUCACAACAUUGCAGAGUGCAGAGCUUAACCUUACGGGAAGGAAGUACUGUUGCUGUUUACAGUCUCAGAGCUCCAGCUAUUGAUGAUGACCAAGUUAAAAGAGUAAAAUCUGCAGUAUUUAAUGAACUAGCUGCAAAAAAUUACCCAAUGGAGUUUGUCAGUGAGAAAAAAUUACAAUUUAAUCCAAGAAAAGUCUUCUUGAAGGAAAGUGUGACUGUAACCCUAACCCUAACCCUAACCCUCCACCAAACACUCUCAAUCUGGGCACCCAGUGGGAUGCUGAAUGGACAGUUAAUGGUGUAGUUAUUGAGCCAGAUGAAACCCAUAGCAUCUCCAACAAUUACACGGAGGGGAAGUCAACAUUGACAGUGUCCAAGUUUCUUCGAACUGAUGACGGUUUUUAUGAAUGUAAACUGAAAAGCACUAAGUUCAUUUUCAAACAGAAAGAAACCUUCAUAUCCAAAGCAAUCCCACUGAUUCAUGUUAAACCAGUCAGAGGAAUCAUGAACUGUGAUUUCUCCAAUAAGAUCAAACUGGAGUGCUCUGUCAACAGACCCUAUGUGAUAGAGUUUAUCGAAUCAGAUUACACAGUUUAUGAUGACAAAAUCUCAGCUGAGAUCACAGUCCCUCAUGACUGUACAGACAAGAUCAUUUACACUUGUGAAGAGGAAAUGUACACAAAAUAUCAAAAAGUAAUCACAGUUGAAUUCACCACAGAGCCUCUGAUAUGUUUCAGUGAUGAGUUCGGUAAUGGACCGUUGGGCUUUAAGGCGGUGGCAGACUGCAAAAACAACAAGGUGGGAGAACGGACGGCGGUUUGUAAAGAAGAUGGUAAAUUUGGAGAUCUACAAGAUAACUGCGUCCUGGCACCUGUUUAUGAGCUGCUUGAUCAGUCUGAGGCUCUGAAUAAAUUUACACUGGCAGCAUUCUUGGAGCAACUCAGGACAGUGACUGUCGGACAUGCUAAGGACAUAACUAACUGUCCAGCCACCAUCACUGGCAUUGUUAAGAUUUUCAACAAUGUAGAAAACAUUACUUCAUUCUUCGGUGUGAAAAUAAGUCAAGAUUCUAUGAAAAAUAUCCUGGAAACUGCAGGUGUUCUCACUGUUGAGGAGGCAAAAGAUUCAUGGACAUUUCUCAACGGUGAUUCCAACAAUGAAACAGAGGAAAGUGAUGAUGCUGAAAUGAAAAGUGUCAGCUCUUCACUGUUGAACUUCUUUGAGAGGGUGACAACCCAUCUGCUCAAUAAACCCUUCAGCAUUACCACACCUCAUAUUCUACUGAACAAAACUAUAUUCACAAACACGUUCAACGCAGACUUCAACUCCUCAGUGGAAAUAGACAUUCUGGAGGCUGAUGAAGGGAAUCAGUCAGUGACUGUAAUAUUAUUUGCUUCCAUGGGCAAUGUGCUUUCUACAAGACACGAAUAUGACCAUUCUUACAGUCAAAGGGUUGUGCUCAUUCAGUCAGAAGCUAAAAUUACAAAUUUAUCAUUAAUAUUUCGUGCGUCAGAUCAGAAUUUUUAUAAAUCAGAAUGUAUUUUCUGGGACUUCAGUCUCUUUGAAGGUCUUGGAGGAUGGAGCAGCAACGGUUGCUUGUCGGUUUUCAGAGAAGAUAAACUGGUCUCCUGUAACUGCAACCACACCGCCUCAUUCUCCGUUCGGUCAAGUUUUUUGCUUGCAUAUUUCAUUAACACCACAAUAAGUUUAAUUGCAGCUGUCCUUUCUAUGAUUUUUCUGAUCAUUUGUCUCAUCAUUGAAUGCGUCACGCUGAGACGAAUGAGCCAGAACAACCCAUCUUACUUCCAUCAUGUUUCCAUCAUUAACAUUGCUCUGUCCGUCCUGGUUACAUUGAUUUGGUUUAUUAUUCGACUGACCAUGUCACUGCCACAGAGUGCGCCGGCCUGCACAGUCGUUAUGUUCUUGAUCCAUUUCUCCUACCUCUCCCCGUUCUUCUGCAUGUUAGCCUCGGCCCUGCUGCUGCUCUACCGGACUCUCAGUGUCUUUGAAGGAGGGCUGUCUAAAAGAUCCACACUGGCCAUCGGAUUCUCUUUGGGAUACGGUGCACCUCUGAUCAUUUCAACAAUAACUAUAGCUGCAAUAGCUCCCUCAGAUCAGGACAUCCAGGAGAAUAUCAUCUGUUGGAGAAACUGGUAUAAGUCCGAAGCUCUACUGGGGAUUAUGAUCCCUGUGUAUAUGAUAGUGGCUGUAAACUUUAUAAUUCUGAUGGUGGUGAUAUCCAAAAUACUGAGAAGAGUUGGAGGAAAUGCAGUCCAUGCAGGAGAGAAGCAUGCCCUAUUGGCAGCUGUCAGUUUGACUUUGCUCACAUUGUUUUUGGGAGUAACUUCGAGUCUGGAAGCUGUAACUGUGGCUCCCUCGAAUCUAAUGGGAAUCUAUUUUGGAUUAUUUGUCUUUCAGUUAUUAGAGGGAUUUGUCAUCCUGGUGUUUGGUACCUUGCUGGAUCAAACGGUGAGGUCAGAGAUACAAAUGUGUUGUUGUUCCUUGGUGGGACAGAAUAGAAGGAACAACAUGGCUGCCUCAUCAUCUAGUGAACUGGAAACGUUACAUGAGGAAGAGGUUUCAUGAGUGGCCUCAGUGUGUCCUCUAAUGCAGUGGUCCCAAACCUCCCAAACCCACUCUCCUUCACCAAAACAAAUUCUGCACCCCGCCACCCAACCCUCACUUCUCUACACUGUAACCCUCACAUGGAAAUCGCACGCCGACAGUAAAAGAAAAACUUUGCUUUUAUUUCAACUGUUGAUGUGAAACGGAGAUCCAACUUUUUCUUUCAUAUUUUUGUGGGAAUCAGAUUUAACAGCUAUAGAGUGACACAUCUUCAUGUGACAAAAAGCCGCAAUUGUCAACUGAGCAUUAUUUGUCUGGACAUCUGUAGAGCUGUGCUGGAUUCUACCCAAGGCCACUGAUAAGCUUCCACCACGAAUCAGAGACAAUGGCGGGGACAGAUGUCUAAUGCUUAGUACACACAUUCUGACAUAAAUUCUUUAUGGCUUAUUGAGCUUCUGUACAGUAGCAAUAAAAAGGCCUUGUGAUUCUGAUUAUGUGUCAAAGCCGGUUCGAUAGCGGCAUAAGAUUGAAACUAGUAUUGUACUUUUGUAUUGUAGUUUCUCAAGUCUCCCUAAAAAUAUGUUUUGAUUUAUUCUCAAAUGAUAAUUUUAAUUAUUAGCUUCAUUUAGUUAUCAAAAAUGUUUUGAAAUUUGUUUCUGU